CGCGCAUUACAAGUUUAAAUAGAAUUUGAAGUCUUUGAGUGGAUGUCGUUGGAGAGUCCCAAUACCAAAUGAAUCUCGUUCAUUGGUUACGCUGCGAUAGUGACGUGGACGGUGUAGAUCUAUCUGGAGUUGCGGGUCCCUGGAUCUCCCAAGAACAAACUACACUCGCACAUGACAGCGGAGUUUAGCUAGGAUUUAACUUCCCGGCGCACGUUAGAACGCGGCCAUGGAUCCUUCGUCCCUCUCCGUUCCUUCCUUCCCUGCACUUCCAACUUUGAUUGAAUUUUCAUAGUCAUCUGUCUCUGUGGAUUUUCUUCUUUCCCUUUUGGGCAUCGUUGUAGAUUCAGUUACGAAUUAGGGUUUCCAAUUCUGCGGUGGGAGGGGUUUAGAGUCAGCUGAUUUGAUCUCUGCGUUGGGGUCUAUAUUCCAUUUCGAGUCGUUUUGAUUCGCCACUUUUGUUUUGGAUGCGAUCUCUACUGAAUGAAUGGCUUCGAUUCGGAGAACGUUGUCGCCGUAUAACGACCGGUCGUACCAGAACGGAUCCGGCGAUCCAUUUUCAGUCCAUUCGUCGUCGCAGAAGCUGUUUUCUCACGGGAGAACGACCUUCUCUCCGCUUCGUAGAUUCAUUGCCGGAAUUUUCCUCCAGAAGCAGCACUCUCGGAAGAAUAGUCAAUUCUCGUGGAGAAAAUCAAUCCUCCGCGGCUUGCUGUUCUUUUUCCUAGGUUUUCUACUCGGCAUGGCGCCGUUUAAUAAUGACUUCAAUGAACUGAAUCACCCUGAUGUGAGGAACAGAGAGUUCGCGUUUGAAAGGGUGCCUGAUGUGGUGAAUGUUGAGAAAAAUGUUGGCGAUUUUAGCGGGGUUGAUGUCCCAAAUGGGAAUGAUGUGGUGGUGAAUGCUGUUGAAUUAGGGGUGGCUCAGAAGAGUGAUGGAGUUGUGAGUAAGAGGAUAUUGGAUUUCGUUCCUCGUAAACAGUUGAUAGUGGUGACGCCAACGUACAACAGAGCUCUGCAAGCAUACUAUUUGAAUAGGUUAGGGCAGGUCUUGAGAUUGGUGAGGCCGCCAUUGUUGUGGGUUGUGGUGGAAAUGAAUGCCGCAUCUAUGGAGACUGCGGAGAUUUUAAGGAACAUGGGAAUUGUGCACAGGCAUUUAGUUUGUAAAAAAAAUUCCACGGAUGUAAAGGACAGGGGAGUUCACCAGCGGAAUACUGCAAUUGAGCAUAUUGAGAGGCAUAAGCUUGAUGGGAUUGUAUAUUUUGCUGAUGAUGACAAUAUCUACUCGCUUGAGUUAUUUGAAAACAUAAGAGAAAUCGGUCGUUUUGGCACUUGGCCAGUUGGUAUGCUGGCUCAAAGCAAAAAUAAAGCAAUACUUGAAGGUCCUGUGUGCAAUGGAAGCCAAGUAAUUGGAUGGCACACAAAUGAGAAGAGUAAACGACUUCGUAGAUUCCACGUUGAUAUGUCAGGUUUUGCCUUCAAUAGCACCAUAUUAUGGGAUCCAAAGAGAUGGCAUCGUCCAACUUCAGAGCCAAUCCGGCAGUUGGACACAGUGAAGGAGGGUUUCCAAGAGACAACCUUUAUAGAACAGAUAGUUGAAGAUGAGAGUCAAAUGGAAGGUAUCCCUCUUGGUUGUAAUAAGAUAAUGAAUUGGCACCUUCAUCUAGAAGCCCGGGGACUUUUCUAUCCCAAAGGCUGGAUGCUUCAGAAGAACCUUGAAGUAGUUGUUCCUUCCAAGUGAGAAAUUUGAUCAAUGAGAUUGUCUAUUUCAUGGCAGGUCCAUCAGUGAAUUAUCUACUUGAUGUCAAUGGCGAUUGCUGACUUGAAACGACAUUGUUCCAACAGCUUGCGAUUUUUAUGCAUUCUAGAGCAUGGUCUCACUCAGACCCUCCAAAGGAGAAGUACAUCAGAGGGAACAGCCACUAUGAUUUCAGUUAUAAAUUUCCAUAUCUUUUAAGAAUACCCUUCUUUGCACAAAGUGAAUUUUGUUCGUGUUUCAAUACUUGUAAAUUGAUCAGGUAUAGAACUGCCUUGGGCUGUCCAGACAGAAUGACUUCUGCAAUCCCUCCAACUCGGGGGCUUAAACCUUUGUGUGAA